CUGUGGCGGGGGCAGGGAGCAGCUUUGGGUUAAGGGUCUGUUGGGGGCAGUAUGGGGGUGAGAGCAGCUCUGGGGAGGUAUUGAGAGUGAAUAGAGUAGCUCUUUGGGAAGAUGGGAGUUUUACAGCAGGAGCUUGCAGAGCAGUCCUCAGCUGGGUGAGCACAGUUCGGUUCAGGGAAUUUUCAGAACAGUGCAUCUCACUUGGAAAAAUAUUGAUGAUUCUUGUUGUGCAUGUUUGUUGGUCUGUUGCACAUAGUCAACCCAAAGGUGUAAAAUGUGUUUGCUUAGUACAAACAACCAAAAGAGCGGAUCCCAAUGAGCUACGGAACAUAUUUUUGCAGUAUGCCACUGUUGAGAAAGAUGGAGAGCAUUACAUGACACCAGGAGAUUUUGUGCAGAGAUACCUAGGACUAUAUACAGACCCAAAUUAUAAUCCUAAAACCCUGCAACUAUUGGCGGGAGUAGCAGAUCAGACAAAGGAUGGGUUGAUCUCCUAUCAAGAAUUUUUGGCAUUUGAGUCAGUUUUGUGUACUCCGGAUGCAAUGUUCAUUGUUGCUUUUCAGUUGUUUGACAAGAGUGGCAAUGGAGAAGUGACAUUUGAAAAUGUCAAAGAAAUUUUUGGACAGACCAUUAUUCAUCAUCAUAUCCCUUUUAAUUGGGAUUGUGAGUUUAUUCGACUGCAUUUUGGACAUAACAGGAAGAAGCAUCUUACCUACUCGGAGUUUACACAGUUUCUGCAGGAGCUACAGUCAGAACAUGCAAGACAAGCCUUUGCACUGAAAGACAAAAACAAAACUGGUAUGAUUACUGGACUGGAUUUUAGUGACAUCAUGGCUACCAUUCGUUCACAUAUGCUCAGUCCGUUUGUGGAAGAAAAUCUAGUUUCAGUAGCAGGUGGAACUAUUUCACAUCAGGUCAGCUUCUCCUAUUUCAAUGCUUUUAAUGCCCUGCUGAAUAACAUGGAACUCGUUAGAAAGAUAUACAGUAUUAUAGCAGGUACAAGGAAAGAUAUUGAAGUCACAAAAGAGGAGUUUGCCCAGGCUGCAAUCAAAUUUGGACAAGUCACACCGCUAGAAGUCGAUAUUCUCUACCAGCUUGCAGACUUAUACAAUGCUACAGGGCGUUUAACUUUGGCAGAUAUUGAGAGAAUAACACCACUGGCUGAAGGUGCCUUGCCUUACAACUUGGCAGAACUCCAGCGGCAGCAAUCUUAUGGCGGUAUGGGCAGGCCUAUCUGGCUCCAAGUAGCAGAGUCUGCUUACAGGUUCACUUUGGGCUCAGUUGCUGGAGCUGUGGGAGCCACUGCUGUGUAUCCCAUAGACCUGGUGAAGACACGAAUGCAGAAUCAGCGCUCCUCUGGUUCAGUUGUGGGAGAAUUGAUGUAUAAAAAUAGCUAUGAUUGUUUUAAAAAGGUUUUGCGUUAUGAAGGAUUUUUUGGGCUUUACAGAGGCUUGUUACCACAGCUUAUAGGUGUUGCUCCAGAAAAGGCCAUUAAGCUCACAGUUAAUGAUUUUGUCAGAGACAAGUUCACUCAGAGAGAUGGUUCCAUUCCAGUAUUUGCAGAGAUCCUUGCUGGAGGUUGUGCAGGAGGUUCACAGGUCAUCUUCACUAAUCCACUAGAGAUUGUAAAGAUUCGGUUGCAGGUAGCAGGAGAAAUCACUACAGGACCCAGAGUCAGUGCCCUUACUGUUCUAAAAGACCUGGGGAUUUUCGGUCUUUAUAAGGGUGCCAAAGCAUGUUUCCUCCGAGACAUUCCCUUUUCUGCAAUCUAUUUUCCUGUUUAUGCUCACAGUAAACUGAUGCUUGCUGAUGAAAAUGGCCACGUGAGAGGGCUUAAUCUCCUUACAGCUGGUGCCAUUGCAGGUGUGCCUGCUGCUUCCUUGGUAACCCCUGCUGAUGUCAUCAAGACAAGACUGCAAGUGGCAGCUCGUGCUGGUCAGACAACAUACAGUGGAGUUAUUGACUGUUUUAGAAAGAUACUUAGAGAAGAAGGCCCUUCGGCUUUUUGGAAAGGCGCUAUGGCUCGAGUGUUCAGAUCUUCACCUCAGUUUGGUGUUACGUUAGUGACCUAUGAACUUCUGCAGCGAUGGUUCUAUGUGGAUUUUGGAGGAAUCAAACCGGCUGGAUCAGAACCUACCCCAAAAUCUCGAAUCUCAGACCUUCCUCCUGUUAAUCCUGACCACAUAGGUGGAUACAGACUUGCUACAGCUACAUUUGCUGGCAUAGAAAACAAGUUUGGGCUUUAUCUUCCAAAAUUUCGAUCUCCUGAUGUUGUUUCAGUUCUACCAAAAGUAGCAGCUGAAUCCUGAGAUGACCUUCCAGCCUAGUAUAAUAACGCCAUGAAAAAAAAGUUUGAGAGCAGUACUGUUUCUAUCCAGUCAGCUGCAUGUUGCUCUUGCUGAACUGAGAAUUCAAGUCAAAUCACUCCUUUCUAUGUGAUAUACAACAUGCAUUUAUUUGUUUCUAAAUUAAUCAUUUGCACACAAGAAACGGAUUGAAGCUUUAGUUCUGCAUUGAUUUCUUUUUCCUAACCAGUGGCAUGUACCAGUAACCUUGACUUGGCUUUGCACAGCUUGCACUUAAUGUUACUGUACAUAUUGUACAUCUUUGUACAGAGACAUCAUGGCAUCUAUACACGAUUACAUUUAUAUAAUGGGUAUGUGGUUCUAAGCAGUUUGAAAUGUACAGAAUGUUUUGAAGGUGUUUUUAUUAAGAAUCAUGUGACAAUAAAAUAUAUUUAAAGUCAUUUCA